AUGGCGGAUAAGAAGCGAAUAUUUACGGAUGUCUCAGUGGUCAACAGGUUUAGUGCCGGCAGUGACCACCGACUUAUUCGAGGAAUCCUAAAUAUCGACAUAAGGCUUGAAAGAACCCGGUUGAUGAGAUCGACUCUGCGCCCGUCUCUUCCCCAAAUCAUCCAAGUUUCCGAGAAGUUCCAAUUGGAACUUCAAAAUCGGUUCAGUCUGCUGGAUCCCACUGAGGACGUGAACGACGUGGUGGAGAACAUGGCGGCGACACUACGUGAAGUUGGCGGAAGAUACUUUGGAUCACAGCGGAGAGUUCGUGAAGCCAAGCUAACCCCUGAGACUCUGGCAUUAAUGAGGAAACGACGAGAAGCCACUCCAUCCGCAAGAGCUACAGCAGAGUACGCAACCUUAAAUAAGGACGUCCGGAGGAUGAUUGAUGGAGCGACAGGACAAUCCGAAACAAACAAGUCAGUGUUGCAAAGGUCAAUACAGUGUGCCGUUUCCUUGACCGAGCUUGGACUAAAGAAAGGUGACGUCAUCGUCCUUAUGGGAUACAAUCAUUUGGACUUGGCAAUACCCCUAUACGCUGCCUUAUAUUUAGGAAUUAUAGUUUUUAAUGUCAAUAUGGAGAUGACAGACAAUACACUUGCACAAGUUUUCGCUUCGAAACAACCAACAGCUAUAUUUUGUCAGAGCAGGAAUCUUGUUAACGUAAAAAAUGCACUGAAGUUUUAUAAGCAAGAUAUAAAAUUACUUACAUUCGAUGAUAAUGAUCAAAAGGACGUUUUAACUUUUUCUGAAUUGAUGACUGGUUUUGGUAGUGAUGCAUCGAUUGGAAGCUUCGAGUCAACAGAUUUUGAUCCCGAAGAAACAAUUGCUUUAAUAACUGAAACUAGUGGAACUACUGGAGUGCCGAAGGGCGCUGCUCUUACGCAUAAAAAUUUAGUUAUAGCAAUUACUGCUAAUUGGAGAAACUUUGAAAAGUUCCCCACGCCUAUAAAGUCGUUGUUAAUUGUAACACCGCUGAAUUGGAUUUCAACAACCUCAUAUGUUUUGUCUUCAUCGAUACUGAGAUACAAAAGAAUUCAAUCAUCAAAACCAACAACUAUAGAACACAUUUGCGACCUUAUUAACACAUAUAAGCCAUCGUUUUUAACCACAACGCCACCCUUCAUGUUAACGCUUUUGGAAAACAAAGGCAGAUGCGACUUUAGCAGCUUUGAAAAUAUCCGUCUCGGUGGUUGUGCUGUAACAACAAACAUGUUAGAGUAUAUAAUGAAAUCAUUGCCACACGCAGAAAUAUCGAUUGGGUACGGACUGAGUGAGGCUGGAGGGGGCCGUGUCUUUAUGAAUCGUUCGCAUCCUCUUGGAUCUAUUGGACAACCCGUUGGAAUAUUUAACUAUCGCCUGAUUGACAUCGAAACGCAAAAAGACAUAUUAGAGCCCAACGUACAGGGUGAAUUAUGGCUGAAGGGACCCGCCAUUUUUAAGGAAUAUUACAACGACCCUGAGAGCACAAAGGAAGCAUUUUCAGAAGAUGGCUGGUUAAAAACUGGCGAUAUUAUGUACCGGGAUGAGCACUUUAAUUUUUACUUUGUAGAUCGACUAAAGUUGUUGAUUCAUUACAAGAAUCAUCAGAUAUCACCGCUUGAAAUAGAGAAGGUCAUUCGCCAGCAUCCGGGUGUGUUGGACGUCAUAGUCACCAGCGUCACGGACGUCCAGCGCGAGGAGCUGCCGUGCGCUUGUGUCGUGCUUAAAGAUGGACAUCGCGUCACCGAACAGGAAAUCAAGGACUUGGUUCAAGAUUCGCUAACGGAUCCAAAACAAUUGAGAGGUGGAGUAUUUUUCUUAAAGGAAAUGCCCACGAAUCCACAACUGAAAAUCGACAGAAGAAAAAUAAAAGAAUUCGUUAUUAAUUCAUUAGGCAUAAAAAAUUAA